GAGAGAGAGGGCAAGCCCAUUGCACCGAGAGUGAGAGAGAGAGAGACCAGCGCGCCUACAGACAGAUCACCAGUCAGUUAGUUGCAGCAACCUUGUAACGGACAACUCUUCCCCCAGUCGGCCCAGAACAUUUAGCCAGAGAAGCGGCCAGCAUGGAGAACUUGUACGAGACCGUAGCGGAGGGGAGCGUGUAUGAGCGGCCCGACAGUCCUGCCGAGGCCAAGUAUGAGAACCAAGGAGCUAUCUAUGAAACUCCCAGUGAGGUGGAAGAGGCGUUGCACAGAGAGGAGCAGGUGUACUCAUCCCCGAGAGGGAAGCGAUCUUCCCCAGACUACAUGGACACCAGAGACGCGCCGGAACAGGCAGCAGAGAAAGAUUGUUCUUCUUCAGCCUCCUCGUACGGCAACAACGAGGACGAUAAGUGCAUGGUAGAGGAGAUUAAAUUAGCAGCAGAGGUUGAGGCUGUCCUCGAGGUUAACGGUGAUGGAGCUGGCUCGAGACGGUCAUCGUCAUCAUCAUCCUCCUCUUCUUCCUCCAAGCACGAGGGCAACCUGCAGGACAGGCUGGUGGAUGCCUACAGCCACAGUGAGAAGAGUCUGAGCGACAAGGAGGAGGAAGAACCGGUGGACUACAGUCUGAAGACCAUCGAGACUCUAGAAGCCAUUACUCUGAACGAGGACAGUGCCACUCCUGAUGACCCCAAUGCACCCGAAAUCUCCCUGUUUGUCAAGGCGGGUAGUGAUGGAGAGAGUAUCGGGAACUGUCCGUUCUCCCAGCGUCUCUUCAUGAUCCUGUGGCUGAAGGGAGUGGUCUUCAAUGUAACCACCGUCGACCUCAAGAGGAAGCCAGCUGACCUUCAUAACCUAGCCCCAGGGACCCAUCCUCCCUUCUUGACAUUUAAUGGAGAGGUGAAGACAGACAUCAACAAGAUAGAAGAGUUCCUGGAGGAUGUACUGGCUCCACCCAAGUACCCUAAGUUGGCAGCCAAGCAGAGAGAGUCCAACACAGCUGGAAACAACAUCUUUGCCAAGUUCUCAGCGUACAUCAAGAACACCAAGCCUGAAGCUAAUGGAGUCCUGGAGAAGGGUCUGCUGAAGGCACUGAAGAAGUUAGAUGACUACCUGGCUGGUCCCCUCCCGGAGGAGAUCGAUGCAGACAGCAUGGAGGAGGAGAGGGGGUCCACCAGACGCUUCCUGGAUGGAGAUGACCUCACCCUGGCUGACUGCAACCUACUGCCCAAACUACACAUUGUCAAGGUGGUUGCUAAGAAGUAUCGUAACUAUGAGAUUCCGUCUGAGCUGGGUGGGGUGUGGCGCUAUCUGAAGAAUGCCUACACACGAGACGAGUUCACCAACACCUGCGCUGCCGACAACGAGAUAGAGAUGGCUUACCUGGAUGUGGCCAAGAGACUGGAGAAGUGACCUUUAACCCCUAACCUCUAACCUACAACAAUGAUUUUUAACCCCUUGACACCUAAUCCCUGACCUCUAACCCCCAAUCUCUAACCCCUGUCCUCUAACCUACAAGCCUGAUUUUUAACCCCGUGAAACCUAACCCCUGACCUCUAACCCCUGAACUCUAAUCCCUGACAUCUAACCCCUGAACUCUAACCCCUGACCUCUAACCCCCGACCUCUAACCCCCGACCUCUAACCCUUGAUCUCUAACCCCUGACCUCUAAUCCCUGACCUCUAACCCCUGUCCUCUAACCCCCGACCUCUAACCCCUGAUCUCUAACCCCUGACCUCUAAUCCCUGACCUCUAACCCCUGUCCUCUAACCCCUGAGCUCUAACCCCUGUCCUCUAACCUACAAGCGUGACUUUUAACCCCGUGACUCCUAAUCCCAACCCAUAUCAGCAGUUAUCAUGAAGCAAGUCCACAGUGACCAGCUGGUUGUAUUUAUUCAUAAUUUCCCUACUACUACUACUACUGAUUAUAAUAAUAUAUUGAUUGAUGUAUUGAUCUGUAAUCGAUAAUACACUGCGUUGAAAGGUCCAUUACAAUCACGAGCUUCACUUGGUUGAUUUUCAUAUCGUUUUGCUGUAGUCUCUCUAUUUGAGACAGAUCUUAUGUUGAGAAGUUGAUUUGAUAAUUUGUUAACAAAUUUGAAUGUAUUUUAAAAACUUUUGAACAAACAAGGAGAAAUGGCGUUGUGUAUUAAGAGGACAUUACUAUGGGUGUAUUCCAGGGCGCUAUAGUGCACUAGACCAGCACCAUAGGGAACAGGGUGACUAUAGGGAACAGGGUGACUAUAGGGAACAGGGUUACUAUAGGGAACAGGGUGACUAUAGGGAACAGGGUUACUAUAGGGAACAGGGUGACUAUAGGGAACAGGGUGACUAUAGGGAACAGGGUUACUAUAGGGAACAGGGUGACUAUAGGGAACAGGGUUACUAUAGGGAACAGGGUGACUAUAGGGAACAGGGUGACUAUAGGGAACAGGGUUACUAUAGGGAACAGGGUUACUAUAGGGAACAGGGUGACUAUAGGGAACAGGGUGACUAUAGGGAACAGGGUUACUAUAGGGAACAGGGUGACUAUAGGGAACAGGGUUACUAUAGGGAACAGGGUGACUAUAGGGAAGCACUUUAUACUGUGUGUGGCCUCUGAUAGAAGCCUGGAACAAAGCUCUCUUCUGGUUGAUUCUCCUGAACAAACCUGUUGCUACAUUGUUGCUAUAGUUUAACUUUGAUUGUGCAUCGGAACCAGUUCUAGAAUGGAUCUCAUCCAGUUCUAGAAUGGAUCUCAUCCUGAACCAUGUGCCUAUUUGGAAAUGUCCAAAUUCCAAGCCAAUUAAAAAUGGAUUGAUUUAACAUGAUAAUAACAUUCUUUAUUCAAUGAAAUCCUAAACGUUUGUCUACCAGGUGUUUAGAAUAUUUAAACUUUAGCUAUCAGUUGUUAAAACGUGUCUGUCGUGUUGGUUUAAUAUGGAGUUAAAAGAGAUUACUUUACAUUCAGAGAAUAUUUAUUUAGAGUCCAUUCAGGCCUGGGCGAUGACAAUGUACCAGAUCCACCCUAGAGUGGUUAGAGUCUGGCAGGCGUCUGUAAUGUAGUCAGCCUGAAACGCAGACACAAUUUCCACGCAGCGAGUUCAGAUUCUAAAACUUUAUUGUCCAUUCAGGGUAAAACAGUCAUCAGUCUCUGUCUCAUGGUCUUUGGCUGACUUCCUGUCUAUAACCUGUGUACUUCCUGUUCUGACCCAUAGUGUUCUGGUGUGGUUUGGAUGGUCAUGUGAUCUGAAAUAAGAACCAUGUUUAGAGUGGACCGCUAGGAAAUAAAAUCAUAUUUUCACAGAUA